AUGCAUAGGCCGGAACUAUGCGUACGUCAAGCCCCUCCUCCGUCUCCAACGCACAACAUUCCUAUUCCAUUUGCAACUACAAAUCCCAUGCGCCAUAGCGUACAACUCACUAACGCAAACAUCUACAAGGACAGGGACCACAUUACGGAGCUCAACAAUGUCCUCCCUAAACAACCCUUCUUCUUCCUCAAACCGUCCUCAUCCAUCCUACCCCCAAACUCCGGUCCCGUCCUGCGGCCCAAGGGCGUGAAAUUACAUUAUGAAGUCGAACUGGCACUCGUAAUUGGCAAGACUUUACGUGAUCUUGACCCAUUGAACGAACGAUAUGCAUUGGAUGCUAUAUCAGCCUACGCCCUCGCCAUCGACCUAACAGCCCGCAACAUCCAAGACUCCGCCAAAAAGGCCGGCCUCCCCUGGUCCAUCGCAAAGGGCUUCGACACCUUCCUCCCCAUCUCCUCAUUAAUUCCCAAAUCCCGUAUCACAGACCCACACAACGCAACCCUCCACCUCUCUGUUGACGGCCAGCUGUGCCAACGCGAUAACACGAACCUAAUGCUGUACCGUAUCCCGAGGCAGUUGGCGGAUAUCUCGAGCGUGAUGACACUUGAGCCGGGGGAUUUGGUGCUGACGGGCACGCCUAAGGGGGUGGGAGAGGUGGUGGGGGGCCAGGUGAUGAAGGCGGGUAUUGAGGUGGAUGGGGUUGAGGUUGAGGAGGGAGGGAUUGAGGUGGAGGUUAGGGAUAGGACGGAGGGGAGAUUUGAGUUUGCAGGGUUUUAA